AUGACCCUGGAAAUGUUCGACGAGCUUCUGCAACGCCUCGCACCAAGACUUCAGAAGUCAGACACCAACUGGAGAAAAGCCCUAGAUCCCGGAUUGAAGCUGGCGGUAACACUCAGGCACUUGGAAGCAGGAGAUUCCUACCCUUCCCUCUCCUAUGAUUUUAGGGUGGCUAGGACAACAAUUUCCCUCUUUAUCCCAGAAGUCUGCGAGGCCAUAGUACAAACAUACAGCGAAGAGGUCAUCCCUAUCCCCAAUACACCUGAAGAAUGGAGACCAAUAGCUGAAGAGUUUGAAAGGAGGUGGAAUGUCCCUCAUACAUGUGGAGCACUUGAUGGCAAACACAUUGCACUGAGGAAGCCCCGCAGAUCGGGUUCUGAAUACUACAACUAUUAA